ACGGGGAGCAGUCGCGAGAGGAUGGACGAGUCGUCGGCGGUUCGGACGGUGGACGUGGUGUCGGUGGGCAUCGAGAUCAACAAUGUCACGCACCUGCACAAAAUCAACCAACGAGAGACGUUGCAGGAGGUCAUUGACCAGCUGAAAUUCAACCUCGGCCUUCCGAAGGGCCAAAUGUACGCGUUGCAGUUUGACAAACGCAACUGCUACGUUAACGAGAGCAACAGACAUCUUAUUAAGGAUGGAGACGUUUGCCACCUGGUUUACUCGCCCGAGGUGCUGGUUUCCACGAUUCUGGGCCGCCUGAACGAGCGCUGGGCCAUGGCAAAACUGCUCGACUUCGUGGGCGACGCCUCUCUGGUCCAGCAGCUUGAGCUGCAGGACGGCAUCUCCAAACUGGUCACCAUCCUGCAGGACGAUGAUCUUCUACCGGAGGUCAAAGAGCUCGCUUUUCAAGUGGUAGCCGAAUUGUUCAAACAAGAUAAGGUUCCUGUAGAAUGGAUGAAAGGCCGUCUUCUCAAUAGGGUAAGAAUCCAAGUUUCGGGCGAGUUCAAAUCAUCAGACAAGACGCUGGCCGCGUGUCUGCGAAUUUCGCUCGCACUUCUGGACGAGACGGGACGCCAGGCGGACGGAGAACAACAAGUCAUCCUGGACAAGAUCGUGUCCCACCUGGAGAGCGGGUCGCAGGAGGUCGUGGAGGCGGCCCUUGCCCUGUUGAACAAGCGCACUGCGUCGGAGGCGAUUGAGAGGCGGAGUUUGCUCAGGGCGCGCGACCUGCUGGCCACUCGCUUGCAGGCGGCCGUCUGGCCAAUCGACGCCCAUUUUCAACAGCAGCUAACUGUUUUUCAGUCACGCCUCACGUCUCGUUUGGUGCGGAAAUUCGAGUGUCCCGCGAACGAGAGCGACGCCAAAGUGCGGCGCCGCCUGAGCACCCUGACGGCGACGAAUGCGCCGAGCAAGGACAAGUUCGCGGAGACGACCCUUCGUCUGCUGGCCGAGUCGAUGGAUCAGGGUCAGGGCAACUACCAACCCAAUCUGCUGUUGAUCGACUGCCUGACGCACAGCGUCCGGCUCCAGCUGCACCAACUGUCCGACGACCUGCUGAAGCACCAACCCUUCCUCCACCUUUGCGAACAACUAAUCAGAUUACUGUUGGAAAAUCUAGGCCUGUUGUCCAAGGAGACGCAAAUGUUCCAUCCAAUCCUCUUCUGCGACCGAGCCUUCGAGGAAAUGUUCUGCGCGUGCGUCCGCGCCCUCAACAAGACGUGCAAGGAGAUGCGAGCUAAGGGUGAAGAUGUGCCGAAAAUCCUCACGGUUCAUGGGAAAAAAAUGCAAAUGGCACUCAGGGAAACGCCUUUGAUACCCGAAAAGUUUGAGGAGGCGAUAAAUAAAAUUUCUUACAACCAGGUGUGGGAGGCUUGGUUGGACGAAAACGAAGCGCAGCAGGAGCGAGCCUUCCGGCAGAAAGCGUCUUUUCUGGAGUUGCGCGAGGAGCUGCGGCCGCAGUACGAGGACAUGGUCAAGAUGCAGAGGCUCAGGGUCAUGACCGCGGGCUGCAACCUCAGGAGAUACGCCUCCAAAGUUCACAACUCACUCGUCCACAGGAGCAAUAAGGAGCGCGUGGUCAACAUGAAAUACAACGCGAAUGGAAAGAGUUUCGUCAUCGCUGACCCUGAGGAGGGCACUUUCAAAAUCCACAAAUCGCAGAUCAAAAAUGUCCUCACGGGACACAAUUGUCCCCAUGCCAAACAACGAGGGUCUAAAAUCAGUCCUGAACUAGCCCUGUCCAUCAAUCUCACCAAUGCCGAUGUUGAAUUCAUUAAUUUGAGCGCGAACAGUGCCAAAGAGCUGGAUUACUGGAGCGACGGCAUUAGAGCUUUGAUGGGUCAAAGCAUGGUGAGCACGAGCUAUAACAGCGAAUUGCAGGACUUGCUGGACAUGCACCUUAAAAUUCACUUUCUUGGAAUGGAAAAUGUAGAAUUUCCCGACGGUCCUGCCCCGCCUGUUCCAGAGACUCCCUCUUUCACCAAUCAACUGGACAUCAAUGCAUUUUAAAUUGCACUAUAAUAGAAAUUUAUUUUAAAUUCAAACU